UGUUCCCCAGUAGCGAAUAACGAGCAGCAGUGUGUGAAUGUGGCAACCGAGGUAGACAGGGAGGGGUACAUAAGCUGGCCAGACCCAGGCUCUUGUCUUUUUUCCCUUUAUUUUUCUUUUCUCGCAUAGCCAAGUGUUUACAGUUCGUGCACCGCCGCGGUUGUGAAGUUGUUUACGGGGCAGAAAAUCCGGCCGCUGCUGCUUUUCUCUGGGACUAACCGCUGUCGUUGUGAAAACAGUCCAGAAGAAAGAAAGAAGGAAAGGGAGAAUCAACAUGGGGCGAUAAUAAAAAAAAAAGGUGUUGUGUUGUGAGCGGACGAUGACUCUCUGGGAGGACCCGUGAAGCUUAUUUAUUUUUAUUUAUUCCCCUCCCUUCCUUCUUCCCUCUUUCCCUGUGUCCGCUUUUGUUUUAUUAUUUUGUAACAUUUCCCCUACCCCCCUGCCAGUUUGGGAGAUUUUUUAAAGGAAAAGGCAACAAGAAGAUUGAAGAAAUGGACCAAGCCGGCAUCCUGAGAAAGUUUAUCCAGGGGGUGAAGGCCAUGAGCGACGGGAACGAUGAGAGGGGAGAGGAUAACUUCGGCAGCGACUUUAUGCGGUUACGACGGUUAUCUACCAAAUACCGGACAGAGAAGAUCUACCCGACCAACAUAGGGGAGAGAGAGGAGAAUGUGAAGAAGAACAGAUAUAAAGAUAUACUGCCAUUUGAUCACAGUAGAGUGAAGCUGAAGCUAAAAACAACCAAUCAGGACACAGAUUACAUCAAUGCUAACUUCAUUAAGGGUAUGGAUGGCCCAGAGGCCUAUAUUGCAACUCAGGGUCCACUGCUGAACACUGUCAUCGACUUCUGGAGGAUGAUCUGGGAAUACAAUGUUGCUGUUAUUGUGAUGGCUUGUCGAGAGUUUGAGAUGGGAAGAAAAAAGUGUGAGCGGUAUUUCCCGAUGCAGGGGGAGCAGCCUAUGAGCUUUGGCCCUUUCAGAAUCUCCUAUGAAUCGGAGCAGGCCAGAACAGACUACUUCAUCAGGACUUUGACAGCACAGUAUGAAAAUGAAUCCCGUAGGAUAACGCAGUUCCAUUAUAUGAACUGGCCAGAUCAUGACGUCCCCUCAUCAUUUGAUUCCAUUUUGGAUAUGAUUGGGCUGAUGAGAGAAUACCAAGAGAACAAUGAUGUCCCAAUAUGUGUACACUGCAGUGCGGGCUGUGGGAGGACAGGAGCUAUCUGUGCUAUUGACUACACAUGGAACCUCCUCAAAGCCGGGAAAAUUCCAGAAGAUUUUAAUGUAUUCCGGUUGAUCCAAGAGAUGAGGACACAGCGACACUCGGCUGUUCAAACCAAGGAGCAGUAUGAGCUGGUUCAUAGAGCCAUCGCUCAACUGUUUGAGAAACAGCUACAGCAGCUGGAGAGUCCCACCAGCACACAGAUCCAUGAUGGCAUGGAUGAAAGCAGUCCUGACAAAGCAAGCAACCAAUUAUCGGAUGAUACAUGGGACACUCCACCUCCAAAACCUCCCCGCAUUCGCAGUACGCAGGUAGAAGGCGACGUAAAGGAAGAGAUCCUCCAACCCCCAGAGGCUCACCCCGUACCACCCAUUCUGACCCCAUCUCCUCCGUCAGCCUUCCCGACUGUCACGAACGUGCGACAGGACAAUGACCGCUACCAUCCCAAACCCGUCAUCCAUGUCCUCGCUACUGCGCAGCACAACGUGACAGAGGAUAAGAACACAGACCAGCAGCAGAAUCAGCUAGAGCCCAGUCCAAACAAACAGACCAGUCCCUCAGAGCAGAAAGAUCAAGAGCAACUAAGCCGAAAACAGCAGAGUCAGGUCUCAAGUCUGGAUCUCAAUGACAACUACAACAACAAAAUGUCUUCAAAGUCAGAAUCAGGCCAAAGCCAGACUCAGACCCCAUCCUCGCCCCUCUCCCCAGCUGUUGAUUGUUCUGGUGCUCCUCGAAUCGAGAGGAAGCUCAGCAUUGAGAUUAAAAAGGUGCCACUGCAAGAAGGACCUCGCAGCUUUGACACCUCCUCGUCGAUGGGAGUAGCCGGCGGACAAGGCUCCAGUUCUAGUAACAACAGCUGCGCACUGCAAAGAAGUCACGCAUUUAAAGCUCGCACUGGUCAGUCCCUUCUGACAUCCAGCUCCUCUCUGUCAGAGGACUCUGGCACAGAGGGAGGAGCUUGUGGAUGUGGAGAGAGUCAAGCAGAUGGAGGCAGCCUCGCCAGGCCGAACCACCUUCCUGUGAAGAGUGGAGAGAAGGUGGAGAAGCAGGGAGGGGAUUUGAAAGCCGGCCAUGCAGCGUGGACUCAACACAGCAACAGCCCGGACAAACAGUACCCCAAGACCACCUCCUCUUCUUCCUCCUCAGACCGUGUGGCUCCAUCCUCAUCCUCCUCCUCCCACCUCUCCUCUUCCUCCUCCUCCUCCUCCACACCUGUUAGGACUGCCCUGAGUUUCACCAACCCCCUGCACUCUGACAACUCGGACGAGGAGGGGAAGGUGUCCGAGGAGAUGUCUGGAGGAGGAAAGGAAGCUUUUCGUACAAGCGUAUCCACAGCGACUGCCACCGUAACGGCAUCCUCUCAACAUGGAGACCAGCAGCCGGUCAGAAAGGUGUCGCCGAUGUCAAUUGCAGGGCAGAUCACACCAACGGUCUCUCCAUCCUUAGCAAACUGCUGGGACAGCGACGACUCCCCUCCCCCUCUCCCCGAGCGAACCCCUGAGUCCUUCAUACUGGCCACAGACCCUUUGGAAGCGAAAACAUCAGCUUCAGCCGAGUGGAGUUCACAUAAAGGUGCGAACGCGCAAAUCAUUAGUCCACUAAUUCUCUUCAUCUCUCACCUCUGUUUGAACUCUCCGUCCCUGCCUCUCUGCAUGUUCCCCGAUAUUUUUUUUGUGCUCACAGUAGUUGGCCAGCAGAGCGGAGCAGGAAAGGGACCUUUGGUGAUUUACAAAUUAGCCUGCCGAUGAUAACACUGACAGCGUUGGUCAGAAAAACCGCUGCGAGGAUGAGAGUAACAGAGAUACAGGAGGAGGGGGAAAAGGGAGUGAAAAAGAUAAAACAUGUCUAGAGAGAGCUGCAAUUAUAAUGAGUGCAUAUGCUUAUCUGUGCUAUGAGGAUUGUGUGAUGAUGGUUAAUGCCAAUUUAUUGCUUCAGUAGUUUUACUGUGGCUAUGACAGCUUAUUUGACUUUAAUUCAGUGGGGAUAUUUUUUUUACCUUUUUAUGAGUAUAACUCACUAGGAGCAUUUCUUAAGUAUAAAAAGGCUGCUUUGCAAGCCGGGCUUUUAGCAUCAAACUUUCAUGGGAGAGAAAUGUUUGAAUUUUUGCACAGAUGUAACACUACCUAGUGAACCAGAUGUUGUCUCGUGGGACAUGUUGAUACAUAAACAUUUAAAGCCCUCGUCAAAAAAACACAUUUUGUGUGUUCGUCUUUGUCUUAAAUCUAUUUCUCUCUACAACAUUUUAACCUGGUAGGCUGUUUUUUCCACCUGUGGUAUUUGGUGUGUUUAAAUUAUUCUCUGGUUCGGUCCCUCCCCCUCUUGGUGUGCAGGUGUGAACGCAGUAAUCAGGCUCGGGUGCAUACCAAAGCAACCCCACCGAGACCCUGAGGUGGUCUCAGAACGCCAGAGCACUUUGUUUGUGGUGUGAACGCAAUCCGAGCAAACUGCAUCCACGUGUAUGCUGCAGGUUUGAGCUAAGUCCUUCAUGUGGUCAGGUGUGCUUUGCAUUCUGGGAUACAGCUGGGUACCACAGAUGUGCAAAGUGCACAAACGGUUAUAAUGGGCUAGCAGCUAGCUGUAACAAUAAUGUAGAUUCUCCACUAGACCAGAACACAACAUCUUCUUACUGCAUUUACUUUUGUUGGUCAUGAUUGUUUACCCGAUACAAAUAACCUCUCUUGUAGUGUUUGUUAAAUUUUCUGUAUUCUCAAGCCGGUGGUCUCAGAACAUACAAUACAAGUGUUUGGAUGCUGGGUUAAUGUGUUCAUGAGAGGCAUCCACAAUCAAUGAUCUUUGCACAGCAGGUGGCUGCACUCAUUCAGGAAUGGAGAGCAGCUCCUCAACAGCAAAACAAAAUACUUGUGUGGUCCGUGAGCAGACAAGUGACUGCUUGAAUCACGUCCAGAGGCCAUAUCUCCUAAAAAAAAAAUAAAAAAUUUUU